UCUCGAGCACACCCACUCGUUCCCUCGUUCCCUCGUACGGUGAAACGGUGAAAGGAUUCAAAUCACCCAGAGUCGUUUCCAGCUCAGAGUUUGGGGAACUGGGACGCGCACCAAUGCGCAUCCAGGUCCAAGGCCGGGUCCUGCCUGGACGCUAGACACCGAGCCCCCGUGAGCUCUGCCAGUGUGGUGCUCAGACCGCAGAUCCCAGAGCGUGGUUGCCGAGGCCCGCGUGUCGCCAGCUCCCCAGUUCCCUCGCGCUUUUCUGGCGCUCGUGGCCCAACCGUCACUCGAGCAGCGGAUGCUUGGAUUCGGCUGCCUCCGCCGAGGUUGAAACGGGGCUAGAAGUCACCGCCCGCCCGCGCCUCUCAGCAUGGGCAGCUACCUGGGCAAAGCGGGGUCCUCGCCGCGGUCCCCAGCACAGGGGCGCGCAGACUCAGGGGAGAAGCCUGCGAGCCGCCGACCCGCUAGGCCCCUCUACCAGGUCCACCGUGUGCAGCAUGUCCACCGCGCCCAGCCCGCUCGGAGACACAGGCCGGCCCGGAGGCCGCCCAACUGGGAUCCCGCCAACCCUACAGCUUUCGUCAGUGAGGCCUGGAGGCGCUUCCCCAUGAAGAGGCCACAGAACCCCAUCAUGGGCUCUCUUCCUUCAGACUGGUGGGAAAGUUACCUGAAGCGUAAUAUUUGGUCCCUUCGUCACCCUCGGGCCACAUGGAGUCCGGUGACAGUCAAGAUCUCGCCUCCUGAGCGGAGACCACGGCCCUUGUUCCCGGCCUCAAGAGUGGUGAACUCCGCGGGACCUUCCGAGGAGCCACCAGGGCCCUGUGGAAAGGAUCCGGUGCUGAGGGCCCUCCUCCAGUGCAGGAAGGGCAGAGCCAGGUGGGAAGAGCCACUGUUCCCGGACAGCUCCGACAGCCAAAGGCAUUCGGCCACCGUAUGGUCCGCCUUUAAGCCCCUGUUGAAAAGUGGGGCCACUGUUUCGUUUGUGGCCAGGCCUGGGUCUCUGAAAAGGAGACCCCAUGUCCAGAGCUCAGAUCAUAAUUGUAAGAGAGCCAGCUGCUCCUCUGUGGCCCUUGUGGCCAGCAUACAUACCCGAGGCCCCCCCAGCACAAAAAGAAAUGCUAUUACCAGUUCUUACAGUUCUUCUAGAGAGCUCUCAGGAUCUUGGAAGAGACAUUUUCCCAGGACAUUAGUCCAGACUCCAGAAUGGCCAUUGAAAAAAGCAGGAGAAAGUCCUAAUUCUCACCUCUCAGUCACGCCCAGCAGCUCUGGACAGCUAAAUGGAGAGAUUCCUCUACUGCAGUCUGGUCCUAGGGACCUGCUGACUAAACCUUGCCAGCAAGGUUCCGUUGUCACUGAAGAGGACCCAGCAUUAGAGGGGCAAGCUGUGCCGAGCAACCAAACCACAGAUGCUACAACCGGGACAGCCAGAGACUCCAUUCCAGAGAUGAGGGCUGGAAUUCAGCCUACCUUGUCUCUCAUUCGGUCAUCUUCUGAGACAGUUCUUAGGACCCACGUGAACCCUCGGCUGGAAAGCUUGAAGAAUAUGCCUGCCCCACACGGCUGCUCACAGUUAGAGCACAUUCAAGGCAUCUCUUCAGACUCAAAUCCCUCAAUUGCUUCCACCCAGGCGUCUCCAAGCUCUCCCACAACACCAGUCACUGAUUCCACCUGGCCAUCUUCAAUCCCUCAGGCUCACAGGUCUGCUGUGCCCCCACACUCAUCUGUCAUUAAACCUACAGCACCCACCACACAAAGCACUUUGGUUGGGGUGGUGAGUAACCCAACUCUCCAUCUUCCUGCAUCUGUACUUCCCGUGGAGACUUCUUCUCACUUAGCAUUAAGACCUAUUUGGGGGCCUGUUCACAGUACUGAGGUUAGAACUGCCUCAUACUCCAGAAUUUCUGUCAUGGCUGAGGCCUCUUCAAGCUCUUCUCCCUCUACAACUCCAGGUAUCUUAAGGCCCACCUUCAAGCCUAUCUUUGGCAGUAUAAAACCGCUUCAAACUAUGUCCGAGACAGCUCCUGUGUCCACCAGGCAGCCCUCUUCUUCACUGAGUUCCGAUUCUACCCAUCUUUUCCACAGCCUAGCCACCACAGCCCCCUGUGUGGUUACAUCUGCCAUUCCAGCCAGCAAAUCCAAAGACCCUGGUGUGGAUUUUAACAUAGUGACCAGCACCACAGGGAACUCUUGCUCUGUCCCUUCUUGCAGCACUUUCCUGCUUGGAGCUUCCCAGAACUUUCCCUCUGCCACUGAUUUAAUUUUCCCUUCCCAACACCCCACAAUUCCCACUGUACACACGGUCACUAUCUUUAGCCAGGUUCUUACUAGUGCCAUCAAGAUAUCCCCUCUUAGAAGCACUGAUACACUGAAGGAGGUGAGCAACCCUCUGGCAACUUUGAGCUUAUCGUCCACAAACCAGCCUCCAGUGACCUCAAGCAACUCCAAUGUGACUUCAGCACUCACAUCAUCUUUGGGGUCAAGCCCAAAGCCACUUUUGCCACCAUCCCAAAGAAAUACUUCUCAACACUCACCUGGGGCCAUAGAUGGGCUAAAGCAAUCUUCUCUCCAGCUAGCUCCUGCCCAAAGCUUCAGUACCUCUUUCCUUUCAGAGAACUCAGGUGUGUCUCCAACCCCAUCUGCUCAACUGGUCCUUAGCAAGACCACACAGCCAGCUUGUGGGCAGUUGACAUCGUCAGCUCCCAUUAUCCACACUCCUGCUACCAGUCAGCCAAGCUUUGGCAGUACUCUGGCUGGGUUUCCACUCAGCAAAGCUAGUUCAACUGCCCUUAGGGUUAUCAGGCAGAACCACCAGAGUGUGACCUACAGUUCAGUUUUUGGCAGCACAGCCCCAAGACCUUUUGCUUUUGGAGGAUUAGUGACCCCUAUGGAUUGUGGGGAGCCUGAGGUCAUUGUGGCUGCCCCCAAAAGGAGCACUUCUGGCACAAGACAGAGUAUGACCCCAAGCACCCUAGCUCCCUUUGUGCAAUGCUGGAACCAGAGUAUGCAGGGCCCUCCUAACCAGAUCACACCUUUGGCUGGCAUUCCUGCAAGAAAGAUCAUGUCUGGGGCCCCCUCCCUGGUCCCCUUUGCUCAGAGUAUCCCUGUACCUGGAGCAAUUAAGGCAGGUAGCAAUCUUGGCUUUGGGUUGUCCUCUCCAACUGUGCAGGGUUCUAUGGGGAGAAAUCCUUUCAGAUCAUUGGAACCUUCAUUCUGUAUUGGUACAAAAUCAAAAACACUAAGGAACCGGGAGCCAGGGCGCUCCCGGAAACACCACACUUACAAGAAAUAGCCCACUCUCUGUAUCACACUGCAGCAGAGUCUUGAUCUCUUCCAACUCUCUACAACAGCCAUACCGAAGACCCAAAGUGAACGCUAUAGGUGUUCCCUUCAUGUGUCAUAAUCUAAGUCUUCCGAGAAGGUAAACCACCAAUAUGUCAUCAAGUGCUGGCAAAGAAUGGGGCUGCCCAAGACAAAAACCGCGGAAGCAGAGUAGAAACUUUGAUGCCCUUCCCACCCACUCCUCUCUGUGAGCUCCAUGUGAGGAAUGGUCAUGGCAGGAAGAUAACAAGCAUCUUUGGGGGAAGAUAGGUUGAUUCUACAUCUUAACCUCCCUGCAUUUGGGCUCUAAGAAGUGCUUGCCUGUCUUUAAUCUCACAGAGACACCAUGCUCUCAGUUCCCAGUGCUCAUUCCUUGGUGGUUUCCUGAGUCUUUGGGUGUGAUCUGAUCUGUGUUCAUCCUGUUCUUGAGGAUCAAGAUUAUCUGAAGAUUUCCUUGUGUGUUGCUCUUUGCCCCACCUUCUCUAUGAAGUUGAUCCAGUCUUACCCCAAAGAGGUAGUGGCUUAGCCCCAUCCUUCAUUAGGUCAAUUCAAUGAACAAGACUAACUAAUGCAGAUUCAUCCUGUCAGACCUGAAAGAAAGGUCAUCUCUCAGUACAGCAAGGGGAGGCUCCAGGAUCAGAGCCAGCCGAUCUCUCUUUUCUAUCUGCUAGCUUCUCCACUUGCUGCCCUCCACUUGGCCUUCACGGAGAUGUAAUCUUCUCAUUCUGUUAGAUUCUGGUGUGUGUGGUGUUGGGCUUGGAGGAAGAGUGAUCUGUAAGAGUGGUGUGAAGUUGGCAAAGCCAUAUUUCAAUUGCAUAAAAAUCCUUCUGCAUCUUGGCUGAUGGGACCAAACAGCACUGCUUCAGGCUGCAAGGCUGACUCCCCACUAAGUGCACAGCUGCAGUGUGACCUUACAGCAUGGAUUUUCAGGGAGCCGGAAGGCAGGGGAGAAAGAUGGCCAGGAUGCUGAAGCCUUCUUUCUAGUCCCUACAUCAUGGUCUACAUGCUAGGACCCACAAAUGCCCAAGUACAGAAACUAAACCUGACAUUUCAUUUUUACUUUCUUUUUAUUGGUGCUUCAUCAGAUCAACCCUUUCUAUAUUCACAUCUCUCUCCAAGAGGGUUAGCAGAGCGUGAAGCCCUUAGGCCAAGCAACAAAGCAUGAAAGGGUGAAAACAGCAGGCAUUUCAGCUGACUCUAGCUCUCAGGCCUGUAGGAAGUGCGUGAGUAAGCUGGAUAUCUCCCUUAGCACUUCUUAGCACCCACACACACUAGGACCAUGCUUCUUUGGGUACAUUCAUUACAUUUUUUUUUUUAUUUUAUGGAUACCUUGGAGAAAAUCUAAUUGAAAAAGUAAUUGACAUAUUGAAUGAUAAAAUAAAAAUAUAUUGUUG